CCGCCAAUUAUGCCACUAUCAGCUUGGCUAUUGCGACGAGUGAGAUCAUGGCUCCUCAUUUCACAGAAAACGUACUUGCCUUGGUCUUGGUGCGCGCUGUUGCCGUCCUUGCCAUCUCUUCCCGUCUUCGUGGUUUCGAGAACCUUGUUCAUGAAGCUUCCCACAACAACCUCUUCGCCAGCCCACAAACACACACAAUGCUCGAACCACUCUACGCCUUCCCGGUAUUUCGCAUUGUGUGUGACUACCGAGCGUCACAUCUGGUUCAUCACAAGCACCUUGGUGACCCAGAAAAAGACCCAGAUAUCAUCAGACUUCACGAGCUAGGGCUGCACAACAUCAGAGAUGCACCAAUCUAUUAUCUCGCAGGCGUACCAGCAAGCGGAUAUCUCGUCUACGAAUACUUGACCACCAUAUUUGCCGACUUCUGGACCAGCAAGAGUGUGCGCGUUAGCAAGUCACUCUACUGGGCGACGGUACUCGGCCUCGUCACGUGGACCAACUCCUGGUCGUUCUUUGCCCUCUACUAUGUGGUGCCGCUCUUUUCCGUGCUCUCCACAACACGCUACUGGGCCGAGGCGAGCGAGCACAUUGGCAUGGACCUGAACUCGUCCUUUGCCACGUCACGCAACAACCUGGGCUUCCUGCACCGCUGGUUCCAGCACCCGCACAAUGACGGCUACCACGCCGUGCACCACUUGCAUGCGCAAGUCCCUUUUCACAAGCUCCCUGUGGUGCACGAGUUGCUCAUGGCUCAGAACCCCGAGUACAAGAACACGACUGUGGAGUCACAGGGCAUGUGGGAGACGUUCUGCCAGAUGGCGACCAGCAAGACCAUUGUCAAGGGACGGCCAACUACGGGCGACUGGAGCUGAGCGCUUCUCCUUCUUCUCAACCCAAGAAUUGGAUCGUGAGGGGAGGCUAGCUGGCGCAAUGGAUAGUAGCAUAGCAUGGGCGAGCUUCCAUCAUUCUGUGAGCUCAUGAGUGAGAGUGAUGAGAUUGGAACGGCGAGAUGUGCAGGUUCACAGCCAAAAAAGAUGGCGUACGAGAUGAAACAUCUCACCAUAUACG